UUUGUAUGAAUUUGAAAGUGGAUCAAAAUGCAGGAAAUCUUUGGACAAAACAUUUCUUUACAACAUUUCAAACUGAAUUGUUUCUAUGAUUUGGAAGAAUGGAGACCUGUGCUAUUCAUUCCUUAUUUUUUGAUGUUUUUGCUGUCAGUUUCUGGAAACUCUAUUCUUGUGUAUCUGAUAAUAUCACAGAAGCUUUGCACUCUCCCAUGUUUGUACUAAUUGCUUUUAUGGCAGUUGUGGACUUGUGUUCACCAAUGCUCUUUGUACCACAUAUGUUGUUUAACUUUUUAUUUGGCUGGAAUGGUAUUUCUCUUUUUGGGUGUUUAAUACAAAUGUUUUGCAUUCAUUAUUCUGGAACAUUCCAGUCUACUUUAUUGUUGGCAAUGGCACUGGAUCGUUACUUUGCCAUUUGUAAACCUCUUUUUUAUCACAAGUAUAUGGAAAUAUGUAACUUUUUAAAGUUUAUUGGCAUACCGUUAAUUAGAAAUGUAGUCUUAAUUACCACAGUAGUUUAUCUGGCAGGAAGGCUAUCUUACUGUGAGCAUAAUGUAAUAGACCACUGUUUUUGUGAACAUAUGGCAUUGGUUCAGUUGGCAUGUGGAGAUAUUUCGAUUAAUAACUUGGUAGGACUUUUGACAGCUUUUCUCAUUCCAGCCUUGGAUUUUGUUUUCAUUGCUGUUUCUUAUGUAAUAAUAUUCAUCUCUGUCAUAAAAUCUGGUAAAGCCCAUUUGAAGGCUCUGAAUACUUGUAUUACUCAUAUAAUUGUUAUCACUUUUACAUUAUUUUUUGCUCUUAUUUCUUUUAUGUUAUAUCGAGUAAGAAAUAAUUUCUCUCCAGGCAGCCGUGUAUUUAUGAGCACAAUGUAUUUACUUUUUCCAAGCUGUUUUAACCCAAUAAUUUAUGGAAUGAGAACAAAAGAAAUACGGCAACAGUUUCUGAAAUUCAUGAACUCAGGGCAUGGUACAUUCAUCUGGGUACUACCUUCUCUUUUCCUUUUAGGUAUAGGAACAGGCUUCCACUCUGGCAAUAUGACAGAGUCUUUCUUUGUGUACGUUCAGUCACUCUCCCCUGGUCAACAUCUGGGUCUUGACCCAAUGCUUGUAGCUGACAAACUUUGCAGGACUCAAUCCCUUCCACCACCAAAUCUGGCGACCAAAGACCGAAGAUCACUACCUGCUGACCUUUUGUGGACUUUGACAUACACUGUGGAAACAGAUGAAGCUGGUGGAGUAGAGUCUGGCCCUGAAACAUCCCUAUCUCUGACUAUCAGGAAGCCACACUCUGGUAUGGUCAUUCCCAUAACCUGGAUAUCCAACUCCACAUACACAAGAUACGACAAGGCAACUUUACUACCUGUGUCCAACAAACACCGAGCAGGCUCGCCCCCAAUAUGA